GAAUGGCGGCCAACGUGCAAGUGAAGCAGAGCGGCAUCGAGUCCGCUGGCCGAGGUCUGUUCGCGAAGAAAGACUUCCAGCCUGGCGACAUCGUGUUGGCUCUGAACCGUCCCUUUGUCGCCGAGCUCGACCAGGAUCGACUGCGAGACACUUGUGCGUGGUGUCUGCAGCGCGGAGCCAGCGCAGAAGACCGAGCCAAGGCCACAUCGCUCGGCCUGCCCAUCGCUGGCAUCGAGACCAAGGCAUGUACAGGCUGCAAGCGUGUUCGCUACUGCUCCAAGACGUGCCAGACGCGUGCUUGGAAACGAGAACACAAGUAUGAGUGCAAAGUGCUCGCGCCCGCAGAGCGACCAGAUCUGCCGCAUGGCGUCCGAGCAGUAGUCAAGCUGCUCGGCCGCUUGAAGGCUGAUCCGGAAGGCAAGGAUCAACUGCUGCUCGACAUUGUGCAAUUCAGGCCAGCCUCAGAUCCGAAGGCUCUCGAGGAUAUCCAGCGCCAAGAUGCUCAGCGCUUCGAAGACUUCAGCAUGCUCGCAUAUGGCGCCUGGAAGUACGCAGGUGAGCCGAUGCUUGGUGACAUGGACUCCAACGCCAUCUCCAAAGCCUUCUUCUUCAACAUCAUGAGUAAUACUCUCCAGCUCAGCAGUGCCUUGGACGACACGAAACUUGGUAUCGCGUUUGACCCUAUCUUGUGUAGCGCCAACCAUUCUUGCGAACCUAAUACGGCCGUGAUCUUCAAUCAGCCCCAACUCAUCCUUCGCGCGCAAACGAAGAUCAAGAAGGACGAAGAGAUUUUCAUGAAAUACGUCGACAUUACGAAUCCUUUCUCCGUGCGACAAGCCGAACUCAGACAGUCCUACUUCUUCGGUUGUCGUUGUACAAAGUGCAGGAAGGGAGCAAUACAUGUCGAGGAUAAGUUCCUCAAGUCCACUGACACCUAUGGAGAUGACACAAGCCCCACUGUUCGCGUUGAUGCCAGGCUCAUGAAGGUAGCAGAUGGGCUAGUUCAGCGACACCAAAGUCAGCUGACCAGCUUUUGGGUGCCUGCCAACUCUGAAGUCGCGCAGCGAAGGCUGGCGGCUAUACAGGCCGAAGCUUUCGCCACAAGCGGCAUCACUUUCGACCACAACAAGGCCAACGAAUCUGCCAGUGAAGACGAGGUCAAGGACGCCCUCAAGUUAACCAUCAAUAGUGGCAUGUGGCACAUCACUCGCCAGCCUGUCCCUCAUCUUUUGAGACAAUUGCUCGUUCUGUACGUGUCUCAGGCACGAACAUACCAAGCGUGGCGUGUGGGAAUCAAGAUGUACUUUGAAGUCUCGCCCUUCCUCCCUGGCCAGCUCGAGAGGUUCUACCCAGAUCGCGUGAUCGAUACAUUCAUGCUGGCCACCAUUACCAAUCAACUCUGCAACCCGAACAUCCAGCACCAUCGGGAACUGUUUGCCGAGAGCAUGAAAACCGGGUUGGACCUCCGAGUGGUGUAUAUGAUGUUUCUGAUUGAGGCACGAGAGAACCUCGACUUCUCGUACGGCAAAGACUCUCCAUUCGGCAGAGUGGUGGAAAGCAUGUAUCAACAGACAAUGGCCAAUAGCGAUAUCUUGCUCAAGGAUGCAAAGGAUAUGAUUGAGGAGGUCUGGCCGAAGCUGGAGGCCGUAGCCAAGAGCAUCGAUGUGCUGAAGCUGUGAGGUAGGUCGAUCACGUGCACAUGUUUACAGUCGUGUCCAUACGCUGUACUCCAAAAGUUCUUGUGUUUCCAUCAGUCAGUGGGUGUAUGGACUCAUAUAAUGUAAUACAACACGAC